CCCCAACAACCCCAAACCCAGUAACCAACCCAUCAACCCCAACAACCUGAGUACCCCAACCCAAGAACUCCACCCACUGACCCCCAAACUCACCAAACCCUACCUCAGUCUGAUAACCCCAACCCGGCAACCCCAACUCACCAACCCCAACAACUUCGGUACCCCAAACCCAUCAACCCCAACCCUCCAACGCCAACCACAACUGCCCCAGCACAACCCCAGCCCA